AAUGUGCUGUUCUCUUUCACCUUCCUCUAUUGAAGCCCUCCUAUUUCUCAAUACCCUGCUCCAACUGCCUUUGGAAGAUUCUGCUGUUAUGCCCACACUGGAGUUAAUGUCUUAGUACCACUUGUCUAUUCUGCUAUAUAGUCAGUCCUUACAUUGCUUUCUUCUUCUGAUAGACCAAACUCUUUAAGAACAAGUACUUAGUCUUAUCUAUUUCUAGAUCCCCCACAUUACUCAGAAAGUUACUCCAUAAAUGUUUGUGGAACUGAUUUCUAUGUGAAGCACCUGUGCCCCUUCACUCUGUUAACAUGCAUUAGAAAACUAAAUCUUUCGAAAAGUUGUAGUAUGCCCCCUAAGAGCAGUAACAGUUCCUAGAAACUCUCUAAAAUGCUUAGAAAAAGAUUUAUUAUAAAUUAUCUCCCCAAUAAAAUGAUUGGCUGGCUUAUCUUCACCAUCAUGAUAGCAUCUGUAAUUAACUGAAAAAAAAUAAUUAUGCCAUUAAAAGAAAAUCAUCCAUGAUCUUGUUCUAACUCCUGCCACUCUAGUACUAUAUCUGUCACGUGGUACUAUGAUAAAGUUAUCUAGAAAUAAAAAAGGAUACAAUUGAUAAUUCACCAAAUUGUGGAGCUUCAGUAUUUUAAAAGCUGUAUAUUAAAAUUAAAUUAUUUUAAAGAUCAAAGAAAACUUUCAUCAUACUGCGUAUUUGAUAAGGAACAAAUAGGAAGUGUGAUGACUCAGGUUUGCCCUGAGGGGAUGGGCCAUCAGUUGCAAAUCGUGGAAUUUCCUCUGACAUAAUGAAAAGAUGAGGGUGCAUAAGUUCUCUAGUGGGGCGAUGAUAUAAAAAGCCACCAGAGCACUCCAUAAGGCACAAACUUUCAGAGACAGCAGAGCGCACAAGCUUCUAGGACAAGAGCCAGGAAGAAACCACUGGAAGGAACCAUCUCACUGUGUGCAAACAUGACUUCCAAGCUGGCCGUGGCUCUCUUGGCAGCCUUCCUGAUUUCUGCAGCUCUGUGUGAAGGUGCAGUUUUGCCAAGGAGUGCUAAAGAACUUAGAUGUCAGUGCAUAAAGACGUACUCCAAACCUUUCCAUCCCAAAUUUAUCAAAGAACUGAGAGUGAUUGAGAGUGGACCACACUGCGCCAAUACAGAAAUUAUUGUAAAGCUUUCCGAUGGAAGAGAGCUCUGUCUGGACCCCAAGGAAAACUGGGUGCAGAGGGUUGUGGAGAAGUUUUUGAAGAGGGCCGAGAAUCAAAAUUCAUAAAAAAAAUUCAUUUUCUAUGGUAUCCAAGAAUCAGUGAAGAUGCCAGUGAAACUUCAAGCAAAUCUACUUCAACACUUCAUGCAUUGUGUGGGUCUGUUGUAGGGUUGCCAGAUGCGAUACAAGAUUCCUGGGUAAAUUUGAAUUUCAGUAAGCAAUGAAUAGUUUUUCAUUGUACCAUGCAAUAUCCAGAACAUACUUAUAUGUAAAAUAUCAUUUAUUUGAAUCUACAAAAAAAAACAAAUAAUUUUUAAAUAUAAGAAUUUUCCUAGAUAUUACACGGGGGAAUAUACAAAUAACAAAAUUGAGGCCAAGGGCCAAGAGAAUAUCUGAACUUUAAUUUCAGGAAUUGAAUGGGUUUGCUAGAAUGUGAUAUUUGAAGCAUCACAUAAAAAUGAUGGGACAAUAAAUUUUCCCAUAAAGUCAAAUUUAGCUGGAAAUCCUGGAUUUUUUUCUGUUAAAUCUGGCAACCCUAGUCUGCUAGUCAGGAUCCACAAGUCCUUGUUCCACUGUGCCUUGGUUUCUCCUUUAUUUCUAAGUGGAAAAAGUAUUAGCCACCAUCUUACCUCACAGUGAUGUUGUGAGGACAUGUGGAAGCACUUUAAGUUUUUUCAUCAUAACAUAAAUUAUUUUCAAGUGUAACUUAUUUACCUAUUUAUUAUUUAUGUAUUUAUUUAAGCAUGAAAUAUUUGUGCAAGAAUUUGGAAAAAUAGAAGAUGAAGAAUCAUUGAUUGAAUAGUUAUAAAGAUGUUACAGUAAAUUUAUUUUAUUUUAGAUAUUAAAUGAUGUUUUAUUAGAUAAAUUUCGAUCAGGGUUUUUAGACUAAACAAACAAACAAUUGGGUACCCACUUAAAUUUUCAUUUCAGAUAAACAACAAAUAAUUUUUUAGUAUAAGUACGUUAUUGUUUAUCUGAAAUUUUAAUUGAACUAACAAUCCUAGUUUGAUACUCCCAGUCUUGUCAUUGCCAGCUGUGUUGGCAGUGCUGUGUGGAAUUACGGAAUAAUGAGUUAGAACUAUUAAAACAGCCAAAACUCCACAGUCAGUAUUAGUAAUUUCUCGCUGGUUGAAACUUGUUUAUUAUGUACAAAUAGAUUCUUAUAAUAUUAUUUAAACGAUUGCAUUUUGUAAUACAAGGCUUUAUAUUUUUAACUUUAAGAUGUUUUUAUGUGUUCCCCAAAUUUUUUUUUACUGUUUCUGAUUGUAAGGAAAUAUAAAAGUAAAUAUGAAACAUUUAAAAUAUAAUUUGUUAUCAAAGU